UGUCACAGUUCCAACUCCUUAACGGUGACUUUUUGCUCUUAGCUUUCGGCUGACUUCAUAAAAAGGAGGAACAUUGAUUCAGCAUUAUACUGUUCGUUUGUUGUACCGACUGCUCAUCAGUGCUUUCAAACAAUGACGAAUAAAAGCUCUUUUGUCCCAGAAGAGCAAUGGCCCUUUCAAUUAGUAAAAUCACAUCUCGAGACUCGAAGUCUACAAACCGAAAAUGUUUGGUUAGGAAGAAUUCAGCCAAAGUAUGCUUCAAAAGCGGCUGCUUUUGUGAAAGAAUAUCGCUCUAUUCAAAAUGAAAAAUUACUUCACAAUCAAAGGCUUCGUCGUAUUCAAAAAGAAGGAGAGCCUCUUAUACUUGAGGUGAUUCUGUGUCCAGAGGCUGCUAUGACAAGAGAUCAACUGGAAAAGAUUCUUGCCGACAGAGGGAUCGAAGCUGAACUUAGCGUCUUUGGAGUUCCGGCUUUCCCUCCACUGACAGAAGAGCAGUUUUCGGAAUGGUCUAAGGUAUGGCCUGUUUCGUUUCGUCGUCCUGUUGAUCGGGUGGAGCAACUGACGAAUGCUCAACUUGGACAGCUCGACAGCGUGAUGGACGAGGUUUUACGUUUAGCACGUCAGCAAGAAUCCUCCGGAAACGUUCCGUGUGCUAUUGCCAUCUACGAUUUGGACAACGAUACUAUCCUGUCUUUACAAGCAGAUGAUCGGAAAAAUUCUGGUAAUCCUUUGCAUCAUGCAGCCAUUCAGGGUAUAAACAAUGUAGCCGUUAAAGAACGGGAGCGACGUAUGCUUGAUCACGACCCAAAAGAAGAACGUUAUUUAUGCACAAACUUGACUGCAGUCAUGUCACACGAACCAUGUGUUAUGUGUUCCAUGGCCUUGUUGCACUCCCGCAUACAUCGUUUAAUCUAUUGUUCUCCUCAACCGUCAACCGGUGCCAUGCAGUCUUCCUACGGCAUUCACUGGCGCACCGAAUUGAACCAUCGCUACCUGGCUUACAGUAAUUGGAAGGGAAAGUCCGCACCCAAACUAGAUGAUAGUAUUCAUGUUUAGUUAUGUUGGAAACUUCCAUACAUACACAAAAUCUAUCAUUGUAAGUUAGGCCAACUUUGUCCUAUCCUUUUUGGAGACAUAUCAUUCCCGUUUGUAUAUAAACUACUACAGUCGACGACACUUGCUUGUCUACAUUCACGCUGAAAAAAAAAAACACAUUCUUUUUGUCAUUCCCUCCCUUUCGUUUUGUGGUUUUUAUCGAAGCUUUCUUAAUUUUAUUUCUUGGGUCAAAACUUGUCUUUCUUUUCUUCUGCUGCCAUGCUUUGUUGCAUGCUAUUGGCAAACUCGGAUAUAUUUCCGCCAAGAUUCGCGGCAACCAUAUCGAAGGGAACACGAUUUUCUGAAUACAUGGACCCAGAGCUACCGAAAGGACCUUUUGGAACAAGACGAAGAACAGGAUCAUCCGUGUUGAGUUUAUUGAUUUCUGACCAGGAGAACAAUUGGCCAUCAGUAGUAAGGGAAUAAGGGUUUAUGUCAAUUAAAAAUGCCCGGUCUUUUUGAAUAUAUGCGUCAAAAACAACUGUUUUUAUGCGGUUAGUAAAGGAUAAGUGCUCCAUGCGCAAAACACUUUGCAAAAACAACUUACAGUUUUCAUCUGGAAAAUCAUGAAGUUUUUCAGAGAGCUCUAUCAGUAACUCUAAAUGUUCUGGAGCUUCUUUCUCAAGAAAAUCGUAGUAAUUAGGAUCACGUUGAGAAACCGCAACCAGCUUUCUUCCCUUAACAAAGCAUCGAUACUCGUGUGAAGUGUGGAUAGGAAACCAUUCCUUCAAUACGAGCUCGUAUGAAAAGUUUUCCGUCAGCUUGCCGACAACAUCGUCUUUACAAUUGUCAAAGGGAUCAUCAAGGUCAUGAGCAACAAAAUCAGACGCCUUGAGUAGAAGGAGAAUAUCGCUUGCGUUUGUACAUUUGAGGGAAUUUGUUGGUGCAAUCCACAGAGCAUCCUUUGGCGUCGACCAGUUUAACUUUGGAACUACACUACCGCCCAACUCUUCAAUUGUAUCUGUAAUCAACUUCAGGUCCUCUGCUGAUACACGAGCACGCUGAACAUUUUCGUCGUCUUCAUCUUUGAUCUCACCGUCGUCCUCAUUUUCAUCAUCAUCACUUCCCCCCAAAAAAAUUCCAUCCUGAUUCAAAUAAUUCAGCACUGAAGGUGGAAUUGGCUUCAGAAUCCUUGCACGUGGUGUCAGUUUUUUAAACUUAGGAUACCAGCUCGAGAAUUGACAAUUUAGAACGUGUGCUUUUGUGGUUUCCAUUUUUUUUGUCACUGUCCACUUCCAGCAGAAUUCAAACACACAAUGAAACCCCUAGUAACAAUUGAAAAUCCCUAUUCCUAAAUCCCACUCUUUACGCUCUCGCCCAGCAGUUUUCGCUUUUCUCUUGGUGGUGAGGAAAAAGUAAACCACCAUACUUAUGUCCACACAAUAAACAGAAAAAUAAGAAUAAUAACAGGACAUGCCUUAUUCUCAAGCGUGGAAUACUGUUUAAGAAGUUAUCAAACGUUGUGUAUAAUGUAAUACCGUACGACCUCUAUUAUUAAACCAAUUUGAAAAAGACCGAGAGACUGUUUAUAAAUUAAGAUAAAUUAUUCGGAAUUUUUUUAAUGUAUCCUUAUUAUUACUAUUUUUUACUUCUACAGAGCCUGGCUACUAAGUAAAUGAAUAAAAAAAACUGUUAUAACUCAAACAUCCUCUUCAAGCACCUUACACGACAACCUCACCGCUUUUGUUUACUAGGGGGACCAUUAAAGGAUUCUCUAUUUAUUUUUGUUAUAAAACUGUUCUUUUGGUUGUAACGCAUGACACAGUCAGGUUGAGUAACAGUUUAGGAAAAGUGUGUGUAUGUGUGUGUAUCAAACGAAUCAAAAAACGGAAACAACAGAAGGUAUGUUCCGUUGUAUCAGGCAUCGGUGUUUGACUCCUUGUCAUUUAAACGAUCCAAAGCAAUCCGAGCAAGGAUAGAGGCAUCGUUAUACGGAGCAAUUACACGCAUUUGCUCAGCCUUUUCGUACAAACGACGGGCUUCUUGGAUUUUCCCAUUUUGUUCCGCCAGACUACCUAAUGUAUAAUGAGCGGCAGAGUAUGCAGAAUGGCAUUCAGAGUUGCGAUCCUUUUCCAAACACAGUCGGUAAGAGGCAAUGAUUUUGUUUAACCAGUCCGUAGCUUCAGAAAACAAUCGUGAGUGGUAACGAGACUCCGUUAUACCUGCUUCUGCUAUCAGACUGGUCGCCAAGUUAUGCAUAAGAACGAGACCAUGACAAGAAGGAUUGGCGGUAGUCAAAUCAAACGCCCGUUUGAACAAUGGCAAUGCCAAAUUGGGACUUCCUAGUUUCAGGUAUAAAUUACCACACUGUUCUAAAAUACGACUAGUAGAUUCUUCCGGUUGAUUGAAUUUUCCAGAGAACACCACUUUCAAAGCGUCAUCGGCCACAGAGGCUGCUUCUUCAUCACGCCCUAAUUGCUCUAACAGUUCAAUGAGUUUGCUGGAAAUAUACACCCGCUGUUCGACAAAAUUAGUUUGAUCUUUAGUAUUAUCCAAAAUUUUAAGAUAAACGUUUGCAGCAUCUGUUUUUUGUCCCAUUGCCUCAUAAACAUUUGCGAUUUGGAUGUCAAUUCCUUGAACAGCAGGUGAGGCCAUGCUCAUACAAGAGGUCGCCGAUUCCAGCGCCUUUUCAUAAUACGUAAGUGCCUUUGGUAAGUCAUGAACCCGGUCUCCACUAUAGUAAAUGGCCCGAUGAAGAUACUUGGCAACUUGAGGGGGAUAGCUUUUGUCAAUAGGAGACGGCUUGAUGAAGUAAACAAGUCCUGUACCAACAAUACCCAAACCCAACAAACUCAAUGGUAGUGGGCGGCGCCAGAAUCCUUUAUUAGAAGACAUUGAGAUCUUAUGCUGUAUCAGCUAAGUGUAUAUAAUGGUGUAUUUGAAUUUCGUAGGAUGGUUCAUGAAUGUGAGUCGUACACGUCAUGGCUAUCAACAGAACAGGCCCGACAAACAGCAACAAAAAAUGUGUUAUGCAGCUUUUAUAAAAUGAAUAAUGAUAGUAAUCGUGAAAGAAAGGCAACAUUAAUAUAGUCUAACUGAUCAAUCCGAUGGUAA